CACAACCGGCCGCUGCUGUGGAGGACAUGUUCUUAAGCACUCAAAUGCAGACACCGUUCGGCAGUUCACAGAAUAUAUACCAACGACUCGUCCGACGAAUGACGCGAUUCUUCACAAACACCGACUCGAAGACCACUGAAAGGCGACUGAAACGGGUUUUCGAGAAAAGGAAUUAUAAUUAUAAGACUUCAACGACAGGACAGUUAACGGUUACGACGAAAGACAAGCGGAGAAUGCCUUUAGUGUUCAGCGCAUCGGUUAUUGACAUGAAUUCGUGCCAAAUAUUAGUUGACUUCAGACUCACAAAAGGCGACGGAAUUGAAUUCAAACGACAUUUCGUUAGUAUUCGUAAUGAUCUCAAGGAUAUGAUAGUGAAGGGACCGAUCACUUGGCCCCUGGCCUUCGCCACCAACUCAUUGCCCUGACAUUUGGCACCAAUUAGUGACACUUUAGCCGAUAAAUAGGUUUCAAAUUAUGUUUUAAUUAAUUGUUUUAAAUGUUAUUUUAAGUCCGAAUUAUGUGAAC